GAGGAGGAGGAGGAGGAGGAGGAUCCUGUCCGCCGGCAGCAGCAGCACCCAGCUCCUCUCCAUCCCAUGUGUUUGGAAGAGAGAGAGAAAAGGAAUGGGCUCGGAUCCAGACAUGUGCUGCUAGAAUAGACCUCUGUGUGGCUUUAUUUUCUAUUUAAAUAACCGAUUCCGGUUAGAAAAAGACAGAGGUGGGAAUAUUUUAUCACUCUUUUUUUCCCCCUGAAAAUGCUUCCCUGCUCAUCAUCCGCGCAGAUGGAGGGAUGCGAGGAGGAGAGGGACGCACACAUGCAAACAGAGUGCAACAGACUGACGGAGGAGAGGGACGAGGCCGAGAGACAACUCAAACACAUCAAGAGAGUGUCUCAGAUGGUGAUUGAGGAGGUGAGCGUCUUGCAGACUCAGCUGGAGAUCGAGAAGUCGUGCCGGGAGAAUGCAGAGGCCCUGGCCACAAAGCUGAACUGCGAGAACAGGAAGUUGAAGUACCUGAGCCUGUCGUCUCGUCCGUGUCUGGACGAGCUGCUUCCCAGCAUCUCAGACUGCAUCGCACUGGAGGCUGAGUCGGACGCGGAUGCAGCAGACGGAAGCCCCGACACCUUCACACAGUACCAACAGCAGGUUAAAGAGCUGAGGGAGACGGUGAACACCUUAUUGGAGGAGAAGAAGAAUUUUGUGUGUCAGAUUCAUGAACAGCAGAGACGGAUAGAAGAGCUGACUUCACAGUCAGACAAAGAUCAGGCCGAGAUGAAGGAGCUCCGUGAAACUGUUGCACAACAAAGCAAAACCAUUAAGAGAUUCAACCGAGUCUCCAUGAUGGCGGCCCAGGAGUACGAUGGGAUGAAGGAUCAGCUCGACUUGGAGCAGAGCCUGAGAGUCAAAGCCGAGACUUACGCACACGAGAUGCUUGUGAAGCAGAAGGAGGCCAACAGGCAGAGUAUGCUGCUGCUGCAGAAUGCUGAGCCCAGCGUUCAGCUUCUGAAGGCUCUGGAGGACGUCGCGGCCAUCACCAAAACCCUGGAGGAGGAGCGUCUGCAGCAUCAGCAGAAGGUGGAGAGCCUGGAGGCACAGCUGGAGCAGAGCUGUGUGAAGAAGCAGCUGGAGGCUCUGCAGAGGCAGCUGGAGCUGCUGGAGGUGGAGAAGAAGGAGGUGGAGGGACGACUGGAGGAGUCAGAGAAGAAGAGCGAGGAGCUGGAGAACAGAGUCCACGAGCUCCAGGAGGAGACCCAGAAAAACAUCGCCAUGACGACCAGCACGGGACCCCCUCCCCCCGAACCUGGGGUCGCCCCGCCUCCCGCCCCUCCCCCACAGCCGCCUCCUCCCCCUCCUCCUCCCCCUCCACCUCCUCCUCCACCUCCCCCCUCGAGAUGCAACCCCCUCAGCUCUCUGAUAGCCAUAAUGAGGAAGUCGUCAAAAGGCUCUAAGGUGUCUGUGAAGUCAGAGCAGCCUCCAGCUGGUGAGGGAGUGGAUGACGUGAAGUCGAAGGCGGUGAACGAAAUGAUGGAAAGGAUCAAACACGGCGUCGUCCUGCGGCCUGUCAAGAGUCAGGAGAGCAAGAGAGGAGCCGUAAAAGGAAGCUUACUAAUUGGGAAGCCCUGCAGCACCAGUGUAGCAGCCUUUCAAUCAAUCCAGUCAGCAGGCAAACCGCCUCCAGUCUGUGAGGAGAAGCAGCAGGAGAGCGCCAUGGAAGAACUGAAAGGCAUCCUGGAGACGGUGAAGCGGAGCCCCAGCCGAGGGUCUCAGGAGUCGGGGCCGUCGCCGUCUGGGAAGAAGGACAGUGAGCUCGAGGUCAUCCUGAGACGCCGACGCAACAAGGCGGGAGAAGCUGGCUCCGGAGAUGAGCGGGAGGGCCAGAUGAGCCACGUCUCCUCCUUGGACAGCCUGAACGGGACACGCACCAGCAGCGACUCGGGCAAGGAUCCAGAAGGGCCGGGGGGGCUGAGCGUCCCCUCGGACUCUGCGGGCCCCAGGGUUAGCCCAGAGAGACGGGGGUCAGGACCGGGGCCUGUCGUGGCCAGGAGGAAGAGCUCCGACACGGGCAAAGAGCCCAGAGUGGGCUCCUGGCAGGAGAGGAGGUCCUGCAGCUCUCUGUCCGAGAAAGAAACAGCGGAGUCCCCGCUCAGCAACGGCUGCUUCAACAGUGUGGGGGAGGAUGAUCAAAAUGCGACUGAGAAGUGCGUCAAGUCAAACGGAGUCGAACGCGCCGGACCGGGAGAGGACGCACACGCCGCCGCCCCGGUCAAUGGCAGCACCGACGCCGAGUGCUAAGAUGGACUCCGGGGAUCCCGGGCUUGUUUCUGUAACCUGAUCCACGCAUUUAUUGGUUUAGGGUGCGAUCACACGUUUGCCUUUGUUGACUGUGUCAGAACCAGAGUGGAAAAGACUUUGUGGUACUUUUGUGUUUGUGUUUUUCAGAUUUACACUUAUCAUUUAAAGGACUAGUGUGCAGGAUUUAGUGGCAUCUAGUGGUGAAGGUGCAGAUUGCAACUAGUUGAAAUCAGAUGGAAUAGAUCCUCCUCAAUGUUACACACUGGACCUUUAACAAUGAAAGAAAACUCACAUGACGAACAUGUAGCGAGUUUUAGUCCAAGCGUGUCACCCUCAUGCUGUUGAAAAAGUGUAAGUCCAGAGUUUGAACAUGCUUGGUGAACGCACCCUAUCCUGUCAUUGUAGAAGCCCUACCUCCUCAAACAACCUGUAUCCGUCACUCAUGAGUAUUUGAGAAAUCUUGCCAGCCUAAACCAGCAUUAGUUCAUGAAGUUCAUGAAUUUGCUGGUUAAACUUAAAAUGGCCAUUAAUUUCUGCAUUUUAUUAUUAUAUUUAUAUAGUUAUCCAGUAUUCAUAUGACUGUGACUGCUUUCCUUCCUGUCUCAGAGUAGGUGAUUCAUUGGCCAGUAACGUAAACAUAGUCCAUUGUAGGGAUGGUACUGCAUUAAUAUGUUUAAUGCAGUGGUUCCCAACACGGGGCUCAGGAUGACUCACAGGCGAGAAGAAUAAAGACGGAUUAUUUCUGGGGGAUUUUUCAUACUUUUGUAAUCUUUAUUCUUAGUGUAUAGCUUUCUACCUUCAGGGGUCUAAAACUUACUCAAAUGAAACAGUCGAAAAGGGUAAACACCACUCUUAAAUUCUCUUUCUCUCUCUCUUCUUUCUUCCCACAUCAAAGCGACUCGUGAUCUUUUUAAGGGAUGAAAAACCUAAAGGUUACGGACCACCGGUUUAAUGUAACAUUGGCUAUUUUGAAUGCGUAAAGCGCCACAUCCAUUCUAUACUUUACUUGUCCCGGUUUUCCAGACUGUUAUCUCCACUGCAUCGACCAAAAACAUAAUCCACCAUAAUUGAAACCGAAACUGAAGAUGCAGUAAGCAAUGCAGCUGAAUGAUUUCACAUACAAAAUUUCCCCAAAUAACCAAUCCAGUGCAGUCGGUGUGGGGCUUUCUACAAUGACAUCCUCAAUGAUCCAACACCCAGAGCAUUUAUCAAUCUGCUGUACAUCCGUACUUCUCUUUGAAGGUUUCCGUGGAAACAAACCCGUGGAUCCAGGAGGACAGACUGACUGAACUGUACGAGGGAAGCUGCACCUUUUUGCACAGAACCUCAGUUUUCUUCAAACACUUCAACUUGUACAAUGACUGCAAAGCUUUAGGUUGAUGUUUUUUUUCUCUACUCGAUGCACAAAGGAUCUGUUCAAUAUCACUUUGUGUCAUCAGAAGGAAUGCACUGUACUGUUUAGAAUCCAGCUCUCCAACUUCUUCUGCUUCUCCUCCGACCCCUUUCUUCGUUACUGCUAGUGGUAGUUGGGGGUGCACAAUUGAUUGAUGUAUAUUCAUAAGUCUGCUAUUGGCUUCAUCAGUGGCAAUAUUGGAAUAUAUUUUACUUUAUUUAUGCUGCAGUAAAAUUUCAAAUGCAUGAAUAGUGUGAACCACUGAGGCAGAUAUUCACGGUUAGGGUUGGGACAAACUGCUCAACUGAAACAAACUGCAAUAGGACAGAAAUAUUGACAUUUUUGAUCAUCGGUUAAUUUGAAAGCAUCUGUAGUUUCCACCCUGUCAUCAUAGUAUUUAGAUAAAAAAUCUAAAGACUAGAUCCUGAACACUUUAGACUCACCAUAGAUUCUGCAACGAUCUUACACCAAGCAAUACCAAACUGUUAGAUGGUACAAACAUACUGAUGACGUAGCUUUUCUUAGAGCCUUAAAAAUGUGAUGUUUGGUGCUACAGGAAAGGUUGCACUGUUAUUCAAGUCCAGUGGGUUCAUCCUCUGGGGAUAUUUAGUUGGUGAAUAUCAAGGCAAGCUUAAAUCUUAAUAUUUAAUAUGUAAAAAUUGAAAGUUUAGCCUGUUGCUGGUGUAUAUGUGGCGAUCACAAACAGGCAGGACAAAUUUCAUAGCAAUCUGACCGGUAGUCAUUUGAUUAUUGAUUGAGUAUUACACCGCUUACCCUCAGAUCUCAUCGACAGCCGGACAAAAACACACACAGUAAUUUUGAUACAUCCGUAAGAAGUCCCAGCCCUAAUUGGCCCUUCCUAAGUCCCGCCCCCCUUUUUCUCUGUGCUCCAAUAACAAGAGAAAGUUGACCAAAGUUCUGACUGAGACUUGCUUAACUGUUAUUGGAGCACAGAGCAAAAAGGGGUGGGACUUAGGAAGAGGUAAUUCUGAUUAUUAUUAGACAAUAAAACACAUUGUAAGGUCGAUUUAAGUUGGCUUUCUGAGCAAACUGUAUCCACUCAUUAAGAGAUGUGGCUGAGAGCUCCAGUAUUCCUUUUUUUUUUGUUUUCCAAGGUCAAGAAUGAACCUUCAGCCCUGAUUGUGCACCCCUGUAGUAUCCAGGUAUUUAUCUCAAUCAUGAACUUCCUCUCUUUAGUCCAACCUCUUCCUGAGUCUAAAUGGAGGGAGGCUGAGUGCAAACACCCAGGAACAAUUUUUACAACCAGGGUAAAACAAAAAAAACGUCCAGAAAGCACUGAAUGUGGAAACACUCUUUUCCUUUCUUCCACUUUUGCUGCUGAGGCUCGUGUCCAGGUUUCAGCGUGUCGACUAUCAGUGCGUCGUAAGGCUUGUGAGGGUUUGUGGCGGAAAUCAGGCAAAUGUGGAAUAGAAAUAUGACUGAUACUUCAGGUUUAGAGGAACAGAACAAGAGGUUUCUCCAACAACAGCAAAGACAGUAGCACAGUUCCAACUAAAUCACAUCCAACCAAAAUGUUCUCAGGGUCCUCUGCAGGCGUUGACAGCAAAAUGUUUGGGAGAAGAACAGAAAGCCAUUUUUUUCUUUUUUAAACUCGUGGUUAAUAUGAGCAAGCUUUGGAGGAAUGAGGUGCUUGUGUACUUUGUCUACCUCUCCACAGACACCUGCCUUCAAACCUAUACGUCCUGAAUUACAUUUUGUGGUGUGAAACCUAAUGAGAUGCUGUCGUAGUCCCUCCACCAGAGAUGUCUUCCACACGCCUUCCUCCACUGAAUCAGAGUCCUGUGUGCACACAUUCUGAGACGCCCUCAUUGUUUCUGUACUCGGUCAACACGCUCACCAUCACAUCUCACCGUGCAUUCCUUGACUUUUUUUUUGUAGGGGCCUGCUGUCUAUAUAUAGCUUUCCUGACACGUGAUGCAACAUUGAGAACAAUUUUGAAGAGUAUGCAAUUACAUAAGGCACAUUUGUAUGAUGCUUUCACACCUUGUCACUCUUUCUUAAAACACAGAAUCACAUUUAAAAGUGCAUUUUGUUUCUGUCCAUUAAGUGUAUUUUAUUCUAAUGCAAAGGAGCAGAUGUUAAGGAGUUAAUAAACUGUUAGGCUGCACAUGAAACAACCUACCAGAGCCGUUAAGCCGCCACAGGCCUGAAUAUUAUGCAUAUCGAGGCCUUGCACAGGCCUUCAGACGGCUGUAGAGUCGGGGUUAUGUUUUAGGUCCUUGUACUGAUUGCAUAGUUGUUAACCAAGUGGCUACUUAACAAAAAGGAUUUACUGUAUCUGACAGAGUUUGGGUGAUAAUAGAUAUUGUGUGUGUUUGGGAUAUAAAUGGAGUGUUAAAAGGUUUUUUAAGACAUGGAUUUUCAUUUUAGCAUCACUUGAAAUAAAUUGCAAUUCAAACAAAA